UGCAAUAACAUAAAGCUUAAAUUUCUUUUUUGAUUGUAAUCUUUUUUUUCUUUUUUCAUUUUUCAUUUCUUCUUUUUUUCUUUCUCAUCUUUCUUUUUAUAUACAGAUAAAUAUAUUUAGAUAUUUAGUAUAUCCUUAGUUAUUAUCACGUCAACACCAUUUAUCAGUGAUCAAUAGUCUUAUCUGUCAUGUUCCCUCAAGGUCUUUUUUAUAUACUCUCACGAAAAAAUGGGUUUGCCCUGGAUGUAUACGAUGGUCAAACAAAGGAAGACGCUAAUAUCAUUGUAUGGCCUCAAAAGUUUGAAGAUAGUGACAACCAGCUUUGGACUUAUGAAGAAGGUCGUUUAGUCAACAAAAAGUCUGGUCAUGUUUUGGAUAUUAGAUCAAGUGCAUUCAAGAAGGAUAAGGCGAUUGUACAAAACAAGCGCAAGGACAAGAAUCAAUCACAAUUUUGGAUCUUUGACCAAGGUUUUCUUUGUUCCCAAGAAUAUCCUAGUAUGGUAUUUGAUAUCAAGGGGGAUAGUGACAAGGGUGGUGCGCAAGUGUUACUUUAUAAGCGUAAAGAUACUGACAACUUGAAUCAGCAAUGGUACCUGGAACCCUAUCACAAUAUUGAAUCAUCAUUGAAUAUGGCUACAAAGAGUAUUCCUCUACAUAAGAAGGAAGGUUUUGGUCAACCUCGUCUUGGUUAUGGCGCUGAAAUAGGUGUUCCUCCUGAAUUGAAACAUCUUCCUGCUAAUAUCAAGGUAGCUGGUGUUAGCAACAACGGUCCUACUGCAUCCAAACCUUUACCCAAUCCUGCUGACCAACAUUCACCUCAUCCUGAAGCGUUGAAUAUGAAUCAUCAAGCUCCCAUUUCGACACACUCUGCACCACAAGCUGAACCGGGUUAUAUUGCUCCUCCUCCUAGGACAUCUGCUUAUCCUCCUCCUCCUCAAGCACAUUAUCAACAAGAAUCUUCAUCAUCAUCUAACCGCCAUCAGGAUCAACCUCAUUAUCAACAACAAGGCUCAAAUUACCCUCAUCCUCCUCCUCCUUCUUCUUCAGGUUAUCCUGGUCCUCCAUCUUCAGGUUAUCCUGCAUCUUCCACUCCUCAAGGUAUGUCCUCUCCUGGUGUCGGCGGAUUUUAUGUACCUCAACCCAAUAGCCCUCCACCCCCUUCUCAAAUGAAUAUGCCCUCUUAUCCUUCUCCUCCUCCUCCAUCUAGUAAUGAUUAUACUUACCCAUCUCAAUAAAAUAUUUGGUUGUCUUUUUUUUUGUAUCUUUAUUUGAAUAUACCUUUCUCAUUUAUUUUAUACUGUUGUACGGGACUGAUAGUUGUACUCCAACAUAAUCUUUAUAGUCAUCGUCAUUCAUAUUCAUCAUCACCAUUUUCAAAGUUAAC